AUGGCUGCGAGCUCGCUAUGUGGCGCUAUUCAAAGCGAUUGUCCAUCGUCACGAGUUCAUUGCGGCUGCAGCAAACUGCUCAAGCUGUUGCCAGUUGUGACGCUGGUGGUGACGCUGGUGACUUUCGUGGCGUUCGUGGUGGCGUACAAGAACCGUCAAGAGAGACCCGCCUGCGUUGUCCAGACGCACGAAUCGCAGGUCGAAGGCAGGGCUGUCAUGGUCGAAGGUGUCCAAGUCGUGGAGUUCCUGGCCAUCCCGUUUGCUGAGAGCACGGCGGGCUCGAAUCGAUUCCGCAGACCACUGGCACGUGCGCUGCCUCGCAAGCUGAACGCUCGCAGGUUGGGCCCUUCCUGCUUCCAGAGGAGUAAUAAUGCCUCGUCGACCACGGCAACAUCCGGAGGGACGGCGACGACAGCUAUUGGCUCGCGUCCGUCAGCGUCCGAUGGCCCGCGCCAAGUACUGUCCUCUGCGGCCGCAGCUGUUUCGGAAACAUUGCAAGAGGAUCUCCGCUGUUUUAGUGGAGUCACUCCUCCAGCACACAAUGUGCUGGAAGGCCAUGAACAGCCGUCGGAGGACUGCCUGCAUCUCAACAUCUGGGUGCCACACGUGGACUCUGGUAACGCAAGCACGUCAUCCGAUUCGGCCGAGGCGAAAGAGCAUCGCCCCAAGAAGCCCGUGGUCGUCUUCUUCCAUGGUGGAGGCUUCCAAGAGGGAUCCAACAGUGAUCCCAGAUAUGACGGCAGGUAUCUAUCAGCGCUUGGUGGUUUGGUAGUGGUGGUUCCAAAUUACCGGGUCGGACCACUCGGUUUCAUCAGUUCCGGCGACGAAGACGAACCUGGCAACCUAGCCCUGCUGGACCAGAUGAUGGCUCUGGACUGGGUGCGCUCGCACAUCGACGACUUCGACGGCGACCCCGGCUGCAUUGUGGUCGCAGGAGCCGGAUCGGGGGCUUCUUCGCUGGCGCUGCACCUCCUGAGCCCCGAGGCGCAGGGCACAAUGACGGACCUGCGGCGUUUCAUGCUGCACAGUCCAUCGGCCUUCGGCCCUUUCGCCGACCAGAGCGUGCCCAGACGAGGAAACGCAACGUUGACAUUACUGUGUGAUGCGCAGUCUCAGCAGAGCCUGGUUCCCUUGGCUCGCAGCGUGGGAUGCAGCGGCACCGGCACGCCCGAGCUCCUUCGAUGCCUGCGUACAGUAUCGGCCGACACGCUUGCGUUGAUCGAGCCUGCACAGGGCGGGCCAUUCGAGCCCACCUUCGAGAGCCAGUACCUUCCGGACACGCCGUCGGGCUUGCUCCUCAAGAUACCCCCUUUCCGAAAGCAGGUGCUGUUGGGCAACGUUGCAGACGAGGGGCUCCAGGAGUUCAGUGCUUUCAAUGAAACCCUGCCCUUCGGGAUCUCUCCGGAUGUGGUGCUUCACAAAUUCUUACCGCGGGAGCUUGCCAAGCAUGGUGUGCACGACGCGGAAUCGUUGCUGCGUGUUUACCUCAACGACACGACAGGGGUAUCGUGGGACGAGACGCAGAGCUUAGUUUCUCACCUGCUCGGCGACCUCCUUUACGUGUGUCCCACCACAGUCCUGGCACAGUACCUGAGCUGGGGAUUCGAGAACCAGGUGUACACGUUCCGUAUGAACCAGCGGUUGUCAUACAGUGCCACCAAAACUAUGACUCGGUACGAAGACGUCGACCUUUUGUUCGGCCUUCCACUGCGUCAACCGAGAGCCUCGGAGGCUGAGAAAAGCUUCAGCCGGGAGAUUAUUCGAGCUUGGAGCAACUUCGCAAAGUUCGGAAGCCUGCCCGUGGUGAAUGAUAGCUCGACCGGGACCACCAUUGAGUGGCCCGUUCACUCGGACAGCGAGCAUGUCACGGUCGACAUCAGCGCCUCCGGAUUCAACCUCGUUCCCGACGAGCACCGAGGUCACUGUCUCCAGAUGCGGGCUCUCGCGGCCGCCGACGUCGUGUAA